ACGACGCGGACGAGGCAGGGGAGUUCGAGGUCAAAGCAUCCAUCAUGACUGAUCUGAAAGCUGCUGCUCUAGCUGCAAUCGAUAGGGAGACAGCCAGCUUGCGCAGUCUUUCUGAAGCGAUAUGGGAUAGACCCGAACUUGCUAUGGAAGAGCACGAGGCGCACGCUACUCUGACGAAGUAUCUCACAGAGCAAGGUUUCGACGUCCAGUCUGGUUACUGUCUAGAAACCGCAUUUAAGGCCACUUGGAGAGGAAACGAAGAACGAGUGUGCGGUCCUAAUGUGGCGGUUAUAUGUGAAUACGACGCUCUGCCUGAAAUUGGACAUGCAUGUGGACACAAUCUCAUUGCUGAAGCUGGAUGUGCUGCUGCAAUUGGCAUCAGAGCUGGGCUAGAAACAAGCGAGAAACCACUCGGUCGUCUAACUAUCAUGGGAACACCAGCAGAAGAAGCGAUAGGAGGGAAAGUCAAAAUGAUCGAACAGGGCUGUUUCCAAGACAUCGAUAUUGCUCUCAUGGUACAUCCAUUUCCUUCAGAUUCUACCGUCGCCACAUUCAUAUCGGUCUGCUGUCUGAAUGCAACGUUUACUGGCAAAGCCUCUCACGCUGCUGCGUUUCCUUGGGAAGGCAUCAAUGCCCUUGACGCGGCUGUCUCUGCAUACAAUGCUAUAUCGAUGCUCCGACAACAAAUGAAACCAGACUGGAGAGUCCAUGGCAUAAUUUCUAAUGGUGGAGCUAAGCCUAACAUCAUACCCGAAAAAUCAACUCUUGAGUAUUUUGUGCGCACUCCUACAGCAGCAGAACUCGAUGUGCUAGCCGGCAAGGUGAAAAACAUAUUUGAAUCAGCAGCUCAAGCAAAUGGCUGUCAAGUUGAUGUCGAGGAAAUAUGCAGGUAUUCCAAUGUGAUCAACAACUCAGAUCUCAUGCAACUGUUCCGAAGUAACUCGGAGAGCCUGGGUGUGCAGUUUGAUGAGAAAGAGAGGAUGGCAGGGUCUACGGAUAUGGGCAACGUGUCCCAUACCGUCCCCUCCAUUCAUCCAUUGUACAGUAUUGGAACAGAUGCUUUUAAUCACACUCGUCAUUUCACCGCGGCAGCAAACACGGACUAUGCUCACAGCAAGACUCUUAUUGCAGCUAAGAGUAUAGCAAUGACAGCCAUAGAUGUUCUUACAAACCCUGAAAUGUUGAAAAAAGUCAAGGCAACGUUUCGAUGCCAGUUGCAAGAGGCUGCGUAGAAGCUGGCACCAAUGAUGUCGUGACUAUAUACUGAGAAUAGCUUGCGUACAAAGUAGCUCAAUCAUUUUGUAGUUUCGACGACCAUCGUUGUCACUGUACUAGGUGAAUGGGCCACAAUGUAUAUGUACCUCUGCUGUUAAUAACUAUACUCAACAUUU